GAAGUUUGGGGUCCCCUGCUGGAGCUGUUGCCCCCGCGACCCGACCCCGGAUAAGCGGUUGAAGAUGGAUGGAUGGACAUGCAGUAAAGGUAAAAGGUCAAGCUGGAGCUAACUGUCACCGUCAUGCAUCAAGUCUACUAGGAAUAUUGACUCAUGUUGAGUAAUAUUGACUCAUUUUGUUUUUUUAUUAGUUUUCCCAACACAAUUACAUAGACAACACAGAAUACAGGAUCUAAACGUAUUGUUAGAGAUUUCAGCUCAUUGUAGUCGAAAUGUGUGAGGCUUAAAUAAAUGUUCUGGCACUAAAAGGAAAGAGGACACACGCACACACACACACACACACACACACACACACACACACGCCCACAGUGUGGUUCUUCCGUGGAAAUAGUGGUUUUGCAGAGAAGCGGAAGUAACAUAACGUCAUAAACACGAAGAGCAGGUGAACGCAGCGAUAAACAACGAUACAAAGAGAUGAAGUCCCACUGGAUUACAACCAUGGUCCUUGGGGUUAUCAACAUGCUUGCUUUUUGGAUGCCUUCUGUGCCCGCUGCUGAGGUCCGACAUGUCCAGUACGAGUCAAACAUCACUCUGGGCUGUAACAUCUCCUACCUUUACCACACAACAUGGCUAAAGCACAACCCUCAUCUCACCCCCACUGUGGUCCUCUGCGCCAGUCUCAGAGAUGGAGAAGCAACACAAGGGUUUCGGCUCAGCCCUCGUUUCUCUGUGGUUUUGAUGAACAGAUCUCUGGCGUUGAGGAUCAUUGUUGUGGAGGAGAGAGACCUGGGCCUGUACUAUUGUGUUGCCAAUGUGGACUCACAUUUCAUAGUCGGGAGAGGAACCACACUUCAAGUUUCCUCUCCAGGUUCCUCUUGGUUCCUCUUUCCCCACUGGUACAGUGUGGGUGUGGGGUUUGGGCUGCUGCUGAUGGUGCUGGCUGUUUGCAUCACCCACUGCAAAAGCAAGUCAAACAAGGCCCCCGGCAACACGACCACCACUGCUCACAGGCGCCAAAAAGCUAACAGCCGCCAACGGAGCAGAGCAUUUUCACUCCAGGAAAUGCUCACCUGUCACUAAGGACGUCUAACAGCGCCAUGAAUCCAGCACGCAGGGUGGAUGGAGCUUCACCUUGACGAUCUCUAGGAUACCUGUGAUUUCUGACCUGUGAUGAUCUACAAUGAUUUGACCCAAAUGGGAGGCGAUAGUCUCUCCCUGACAGAAAUAAAUUGAACGCAGCUAAACAGGGAUUGCACUUGUAUAACGAUGCUGUCCAUCAUGUCCGUCCAUGUGCACAUUUGCACUUGACUUCAGUACAACCAGAACAGAAACUGACACCAAAUAUACACACUAUAGGAGUAAAAUCAUGCCACUGUGUCUAGAUGCUCUCAAUUGGAAUUUAAUGGAGCAUCAUUUUUUAAAAGACAUUCUGACUGACUUUUGCCUCUCACAUAGUGAGUUACUGCUACUGGUAUUGUUUGUAUGCUUCCAGUACGAUUAGGACAAAUAUCUAAUCUUAAUGAACUCCUUUUUUCACAGACAAGGUUUAAAAGGUAAUUAAAGCUUUUGAAAAACA